AUGGGCGGGGUGCUGCGGUGCGGAGCGGCGCUCUCUAUGGUCGCGCUCUGGGUGGGGGCAAAGAGCUACCUCGAGCCGCCUCGAGGAGACGUCGGCGCGGCCGCGUCGUCGUUGCAGGAGCUCGGGGAGCGUAGGUCAGCGGGGAGAACCGACGCCGAGGUGGCCGCCGAAGACAGCGAUACCCUGAUGCAGGUGCUCGUGACGAACCCGUACCAGAGGAACAUGGCGCUGAUGUACCCGUGGGAGCACGUGGCCGAGCCGGCGAGGCAGACCCGCAUGGAGAUACUCACCUGGCCGGGCAAGGACGGAGGGAUCGGGCUCGAGUACAUUGGAAUCAAGACGGGGUUCGUCAGUACCAAAGGAUAA